AUGUUGGACUCUGAGGCGGGUGCUCGCCAGGUCCUCCAUCAGGUCAGCGAAGAGACUUGCUGGUCCAAGGCGUGUCCCAGCUGUCGACCUGCCUUCCAAGAAGGCUUUGAGCUUUCCGCCUGUUCGGCUGGCUGCACCUGUGGCUGGCUUUGUCUUCCAGUGCACCUGGCCUUCGGCUGCUGCAAAGGUGUAUGCGUGGGCGGGAUAGGGAAGCGACCCUUUUCAGAAUGGAGCUGGAGCUAUUACAUCGGCUUGCAGAUCAUGAAGAGCUUGGCUUCGAAUGUGCCGUACAGGAACCUAUAUGCCAUCCAGGUUCUAACGGAUGCGCCAAUUCCAACGCCGAUUCUGCCUCCAGAUCUCACUGUGCGGGAAGUGUGCGAAGGGAACGUCCGUGGGGAGUGGACCGAGCCCACCAAGCUGCAGACGGCCAAGGUGGUACUCUACUUUCAUGGCGGAGCUUUCGUGCUGUGCCGUGCGAGAACUGAGCGAAUGGUCGUCGGCAAUUUGGUCAAGGCACUCGGUGGAUGCCGGGCCCUCAAUGUUGACUAUCCCAAGCCACCGGACAGCCCAUUUCCUGCGGCAGUGGAGAAUGCACUUGAGGUUUGGGACUGGUUAUUGGCGCAAGGCAUCGGUCCCAAGGAUGUGGUGGUCUCCGGAGACAGUGCCGGAGGAAAUCUCGCAUUGUCGCUCCUGUUCAGGUUGCAGGCCAAAGGAGCUGAAAUGCCUGCAGCAGCAGUUUUAUUGAGCCCUUGGGUAGAAAUGCUGCCUUUCUCUUCAGAGUCUUGGAGAGAUAAUGUGCCUUAUGACUACAUUGGUCAAAAAGGGAUGAUGGAGCAAUUUGUUGCGAUGUACACAUCAGGCGCCAGUCAUUCGAACCCCUUAGUUGCACCAUUGCACGCAAGCACCGAACAGCUUCGCGGAUUGCCUCCGCUUUGGAUCUCAGUGGGAGGAGCAGAAAUGUUGCGCUCCUCCAUUGAAGGCUUCGCUUUCAGGGCGCACGAGGCCAAAGGCGAAGUUCGUCUUUAUGUUGGACCUGGAAUGCCGCAUGUCUAUCAGCUCUGCUUCUGGGCCUACCGACCACCCAAUGCCAGCUUGCUGCCACGUUGCUGCUGGAGCUGCCGCACGCUGUGCCCUGGCUUUUGUACUCAGCAAGAUCCAGGUCCUGUCUGGGAAUCCAUGGAGCAAGCGAGGUACUUCGUAUGGACUGGUAAGCUGGGUGGCGUCAGGAUGCUGAAGAAUGCAGAAGUUGUCAUCACCAGCCCAGGCUGUCUUGAGAUCACAGCACCUAAUCAGCCUCUCCUUACCUUGAGAUUCGACACCAUACAGCAGGCUGAGUACUGGGCUGCUCAAUUGAGGGGUGCCGCGCAAGUGCUGCAAACCCCUCGAGGCCCUUAUUCUGCCAGAGGCAAUUCUGCACGAGGCCCCUACUCACGCAGUCGUCCAGGCGUAGACACUGGGAUCAGCUUCUUUCCACAAGGCCGCAAGUCUUCAAAGGACCGAUCGCUUCAGAACACCAAACUUUGUGAUGAUUGGCUGUGCGUUCUAGCCAGCAUCGAACUUACCCUUCGAUCAGACUCUGAGUUCCUGUGCAUUUCUAUCGAUGCUACUUUGAAAGUAGCUAUGUCCAUCAAGGGCCAAGCAAGCUACAGAAGCAGCGCCUCUGUCAGAAACCAGGCGUGCUUCGGAGAUGACGAAGCAUUGCGGCGGGUUCUCACUGUCAGAGGUCGCACAGGGGCAGUGUUAGCAAUGCAGCUAAUCAAAGGCGAAGAUGCUCCAGAAGUUGCUCUUGCAUUGCAGAGUGCCCUCUCGGAGAUGGCUCGUGCGCAAGUUCGGUAUGUCAUGAGUGACUCACCGUCUUUGAAGCUGCUGCAAGCUUUGAAAGCAGUGUUCCAAAAUCUAUCUGGCCUGGCUUUGGAUCCUGUGCACCUGGCCAUUGUCUAUGAGUACGCGCAGUGGCGCAAACGCACGCCAGGCUCCAAACUUCUAAUUCUAAGGGAGUUGCUUCACAACGUGGUUCAGCAUGCAUAUGCCAAGCGGGUGAUCAACAACUUGGACUCGAAUGUGCCAGUCUACACGCGCGUGAGCUUCAUUGAAGCAGUUGCAGCCAUAUGCGCGCUGCACUCAAAGGAAGUCGACCGCAAAGUCACGGGCAUGAGCAAGCCCGUGCGCCAGAGAAGUGCCAAGUUCCUCUUCAUCAAGAGAGGUGGAUGCAUGGUCUGGCAGUCAUCCACCGACAAGACAUCGCCUUUCCAUGGUGAUAUGACGAAGGGACGCCUUUGUCGCGUACGUGCUUUUAUCCGACAUGGCGACUGGCUAAGCCUAGAACCGCAUUUUCGAUUUCCGUGCUUGCUGCGAUGUUACAUCAGGAUGUCCUAUAGGCUUCGAAACCUCAAGGUGCUUCAGGUUCUGCUGAAGCCGAGGCAGAACGUGAAGCAUGGAGCCGCAGUGCCCCCAUUGGGAACCGAUGCCAAGCCUUUCGAGAUGCUGACCACCCUGGGGGGCCAGCAGCUCCAAGACUUUGGGCAGCAACUUCGUCAAUGCUACGGUCUGCUGCCUAUGGAGGUUGCAGCCAGCAAUUUCCGUCGAACGCAGCAAAGCGCGCAGUUCUUCUUGAUGGGUUACAGUGGCCUUACGGCAUCUGCGAGUCCCAAUGCCCAAAAUCUGGAGCGCGUGUUGGUUCGCAGAAAAGAGGACUGCGUCAUCAAUUCUUUCGACAGAUACAUGCAAGAAUUGAUGCAGCGCCUUAGAAGUAUUGAAGCGGCUGAGAAUUUUGCCGCCCAGGAAGAGGCAGAUGGCUUACCCGAUGUCAAGGAGCAGUUGAAGUCAAUGCCGCUCUUUGGUGCAGAUGGCCAUAUGCCUGGACGCUUUUCCUGGCUACAUGCCUGGGAUGUGCUGACGUGUCUUCGUGCACAUGAAGAGCUCCCAAAGUUGGAGACCCUCCAUGCGCUGAUGCACCUGCAGCCGAAAGCAGCGCAACAUGUGCUGUGGCGCUUUACCAAGUACUAUGAGGACCCAGAGGUGCUGCGAAUGACAGCUGGCGACCUCUUAAAAGAAGUGAGCACUCAGAUGGACAGAUGCACUCAGGAGGACAAGCCUACACAGCUGAUGGUCUAUAGCGGGCAUGACACUACUGUGAUGCCUGUGCUCAAGGCCUUGAGUCUUUGGGACGGCAGCUGGCCGCCCUUUGCAGCGGAAAUCCGACUGGAGCUGUGGAAAGUGACGGAGGGGCAUUCGGUGGAUACUUGGCGUGUGCGUGCGGUUGGCAACCAGGUUGGCGAUGGGGUCGCUCUUUUCUGUUCGCUGCGGGACUUCCAGCUGAGAGUGCAACAGGUUGCCUCUGGUGCUGGUCCAAUAUUGCCUCCCAACCUUUGGUGCCCGGAAGAGUGA